AUGACCUCCCAGAGAAGAGGAGGAGACAGGAGGAGUCACCAGGUAGUACCAGCAGCACCUGUCUUCCUGAGAGGAGUAGAGAGGAAGAGGAGGAGACAGCAGAAACAGCAGGCUGCAGCAAGGACAGUAGCAGAGUGUCAGCCAGGAAUAGCCCCUUCCCACCCCUGCAGAACCGGGAGAGGCAAGAGGUCCCAGCCAGGCAGCAGCAGCAAGGUGGUGGUGGUGAGGAGGAGCAGCGAGGCUGGGAGGUCCAGGAGGAAUAUCGUCCCUCCCCAGCGGUUCUCCUCCUACGUCACAGAGCCCAGGAUGAUGUAUUCUGCUGCCUGUUUCUCAGAGAGAAUCUUCUCCGCCCAGAGGACGCCAAAGGAUCAGCCACCACUAAAUGCCCCCAACACCAAUCACACAGACUCCCAAUCCUCGGCCACAGACACGGCUGAGGGGUUGGGCGAAGCAAGAGAAGAAGAAUUACCGCUGGCAUCCAGUCCUGAGGUUGUCAGUCAGGAGAGGAGAGGAGACAGAGGCUGUAGAUCAACAGCAGGAGGUCAGAGUUCAGACCGUGAGUCACAGAGACGAGGUCAGGUGAUUCCCGUCACUGCAUCUUCCUCUGAGCAGCAGAGUCCCCGUAAACACCGCUCCCGGAACAGGGCAGAUGUUAGGCUCAGAGCAGCCAAACCUUUUGGGCGCUUACGCUCCUCCCCAGCCCAACCCCAGGGUCAGCACCCAGACUCCCGGUCCCAACCAGCAAGCCCUCAGACAGCCUUCAGGUCAGAGGGUGAGGUCCACACAGAGCAAUCUCAGUACACCAGCCCUAUCAAGCUGAUGUUUGUGUCUGCAGUAGUGGGUGAAGAGGGGGUGAGGUACACCCUGAAGGCGGCUGCACCAGGAUCCAGCUGGCAUGGACAGGAGACCUUUGACCCCUGUGAGGAGUCAUCGUGGGCUGGAAGUCCAGAGAAGACCCCAGAGAAGACUCACAAUCCACCUAAAACCAGGAGUCCCCCCCAGACCAGGAGUCCCCCCCAGACCAGGAGUCCCCCCCAGACCAGGAGUCCCCCCCAGACCAGGAGUCCGCUUAAAACCAGGAGUCCGCUUAAAACCAGGAGUCCACCCAAGAACACCGUAUCGUCAUCACCAAAGCUGUGUGGAACGACGAGAGGAGAGGGGGGUAGCCCGCCAAAACGUUCCCCCGGAUCCCAGAACGGAGAUGGCCCGCCUCCUUUUCGUGAAACCACCCCCACGAAGAGACGUCCGGGACGUCCCAAGAAGCUGGGCCCCCAGCUGGAGAAGAGGGCCAAGAGGCCGAUCGGCCGCCCGCCCAAGCAAAGGGGUGUAGAGCCGAGCUGUGGCUCCAGGCAGGGGGGUCAGGACCGGUCCGGUGGAGUUCCCUUAGGCUGCAGUACCGGGGAGGUGGGCAACGAGGAGAGAGACCCAGCCAACAGGAACCUGAAGAUCACCGUGGUGUACGGACGCUCCCACAGGACCAAGAGGACCGUGUCGGAGGAGGCUGCUUGUCUCCAGGCUACAGAGCAGCUGAUGGAUCUGAACUUUGUCAGACCGGUGAAGGAGAAGAGGUUCGCUCCCCACGCCAGCAACAGCAGCAACAUUAUCAAGUGCCAGAAGCUGCAGUGUACCGCGGCCAUGCGUCGUCCAGGGAGACCCGCCAAGGUCAAGAUCUCCGGAAUCUCCGUUACCGUCACCACCAGGUCGCCGGGGAAACGCAAGAUCCACAUGAACCGGGACGCAGCCAGGAAAUCUCCGGAGAAGCUCUGUCAGUGGAAAGCCCUCCUUCCUGAACCCCAGCCUUCCAAAGAGCCCAGGAAAAUCAGCAGCACACCAUCUAGUGACGACGACACACGGAUGCAGACCGAGAGAACGACAGAGUCCAAGGAUGGAGAGAGGGAGCGACAGACCCAGACUCCUCCUCUGUUGGCGGUGCGUCACUCUGUGAGGGUGAGGAAGCCUUCAGUGUACCUGCUUCACUCUGUAGCCACCUCCACCUCUAGGUCCCUGAGCCACAGUACCGCCCUGCUGCGCCGAUCCAGACAGCUACUGAUCAACAGGGCCAGCAGCAAGGGCAGCCAUCGCAGGAGGAAGGAGGAGGGAGGAGAGGACACCCCAGGGCAGGAGGAGCUGCUGUCUGGGAAGGAGGAGAGGAAGAGCGAGGGAAGAGGAGGGCUGUUGUGUGAGGACCUGAGCCAGGUGGCGGGGGUUUCGGUAGACUCCAUUUUCCCGGCCAGCUCCAGCGAGGCGUUGAGGUGGUGGCCCGUCUCCUCCGACCAGGACAGCCUGAACCAAGAGCUGGCUCGCAGGAUCCGCCUCAUAUCCCACAGCUGGGUCACUUCCGCAGCCACUACCACCCACACCACCAGGACGGGGACGAUCACGUCCGCCAAGCAGAAACUCGACGAUGACUCUUUGUCCUCCUGGAAGCCAGAGGUUGGGUCGGCGGUGCGGCUGCUGUUUGACCAGCGCUGCAGCGUGGAGAGGCUGGCAUCCUGGUUCAUGCAGACCACUGAGACUCAGUCUCUGGGCAUUGUGAAGAAGACCAGCUCCCGAAACCCCUAUGAGCUCCUUCACUACCCCGGACCGCCAGCAGGGGGAGCGUCUUUCCCAGCCCGCAGACCAUGCGACUCACGCAAACACAUCAAGAAGUUUGCCAAAGCUGUGCCGAAGAGCCCCGCCCAGCUCCGUCUAGCCCAGGAACGGCUCCGACGUGGAAAAGAGCUGAAUGCCAGGCGGCAUCUGUUCACUGCGAGGCCGGCGUCAGGCGGGCUGCGUCUCAGAGCUCCAUGGAGGAAGAUCAGGGCCCUCGGGACGUACAGAACCACUCUGCUCAGAGUCAGAGAAAAGUUCCUCACCUGGACCCUCAGAGCCAAGCGGCCCAACAGGCUGAGGUACAACCAGGCGAUCUGGAGGAGAAGCCUGGUGGAGGUAGGCAAUUCACCUGACCAGGUCCGCCCUUCUGCUCAGCCCAGGGAGGAGCUCACCUCUUCUCCACAUCACCACUGUCUACCUGCCUCCUCGGACACCAGUCAGCCCUGCAGCCCCGACCAGCUGACAGGCCUCACCAAACAGCAGCGUCUCAGCUCUAAAGCCUGGAGUCCAGAGACUCUGAAGGAGUGUUGCGUGUUCCUCAAGAAGAUCAACUCCCCCGACACAGAGUCCACCGUUGAGGACGAGUGGGACGUCUGCACCGUCAAUCUAGACGACACAUACUGCCCCGACGAGACCGGACAGGAGGAGAGGAGGGACGAGUACGACAAAGCUGUGAAAACUGAGAGAAGGAAGAGGAGAGUUCCCUGGAAGGAGUCUAGCGGUUCGCCGCAGGAGGCGAUGGUUCAGGAGCACAACCGGGUCCGAGCCGGGAACAGGAGAGGCAAACAGAAAAAUUCAGGGAAAGCCACGAGCCAAUCACCGACCCCGCCGCCGCCAACGAAAGCCACGAGCCAAUCACCGACCCCGCCGCCAACGAAAGCCACGAGCCAAUCACCGACCCCGCCGCCAACGAAAGUCACGAGCCAAUCACCGACCCCGCCUCCAACGAAAGCCACGAGCCAAUCACCGACCCCGCCGCCAACGAAAGUCAUGAGAAAAUCGCGUGGGAGGGGCCUGACCGGGCCGCGGUGGCGUGACUUUAUACUGGGAACCUGACUGUCCCCCCCCUCUCCGUCCCGUCUCCACGGUGACCGUGUUGUAACCGUAUUGGGGACGCUCCUCCCUCCGUCUCCAACGGUGACCGGCGUGUAAACAACUAUAGUGCCUCGGGUAUUAUGUAGCAGAAGGAUAAAAAGUUUUAACCAAGAAAGAAGCUUGACGUUGCACUAUUUUUAAACUAUUCAGUCCCGUGUCCCCCUCCUCCCCCCUCCUCCCUCCUCCGUCCCACUGCUUUAAAAACACAAAAAACCAAACUGUGGAUAGAUUUGUACAGAAUGUUUGUUUUAAACUUUGACACAAACUUUUAACUUUCUUCUUCUGUAUUGUCUGAUACAACUACCAACCCGUCAAGUUCUGUUGUAAUGAGCCUGGAUUGCCCGUUGGGAGAGUACACAUUCAGACUUCAACUCUUGAGUCUUCAUCUCCAAUGGCACCCUAUUCCCUAUAUAUAUAUAUAGGGCACUAUUUUAGACCAGGGCCAUAUAAUGUUCAGGUCAAAAGUAGUGCACUGUAUAGGGAAUAGGGUGCCAUAGGGCUCUGGUAUAAAGUAGUGCACUAUAUAGGGAAUAGGGUGCCAUAGGGCUCUGGUAUAAAGUAGUGCACUAUAUAGGCAAUAGGGUGCCCUUUGGGUCUGAUUCUCUCUUCCCUGAUGUGUGUGCACUUCCUGUCAUGGAUUUAUAAACAUUAUAAGUGUAAACAUCAGCUUGGAAGGGAGGGAGGGAGUAGCCACCAUGUUACUAACGCGAGUCCACGUUAGAUCCAUGACGGAGGGACACUUCGGUGUGGAUAAGGUGGAAGAACUGAAUUAGGUUUUUAGUAUGCUUUGCCACGGCAGCCAUUUUGUAUGAAGGUUAAUGUGUGUCUGUUGCAUUAUAGAAGCAGCAGCGCCAUGAUUCCCCCCCAUCCCCUCCCCUCCUCCCCUCCUCCCAUCCCCUCCCCCCAUC